AUGCCACCAAUAACUGGAAAACCUUUAAAAUUGUAUAUCUCAGCAGGGCACCAAUCGAUUGGUUGUCUAUUGGCUCAAGAUAAUGAAAGUGGUCAUGAACAAGCCAUUUAUUAUCUUAGUAGGAGAUUAAAUGAAUGUGAGAUAAAAUACAAGCCUAUUGAAAAGUUAUGUUUAACAUUGUAUUUUUCUGCUAUCAAAUUAAGAUAUUACAUGUUACCAUCGACGGUACACGUAAUUGCACAAACAGAUAUAAUUAAAUAUAUCUUAAUAAGGCCCAUAUUAAGAGACAAACAAGGAAAAUGGUUAUUAUCUUUAAUAGAAUACGAUUUACAGUACGUGCCUCAAAAAGCAGUAAAAGGGCAAGCUUUAGCUGAUUUCGUAGCUAAUCAUCCUAACAUGUUAAUGGAAAAGGAUGAAUUUGAGAUACAUAUGAUUGAAAUAAAACCAUGGAAAUUGUCAUUCGACGGUUCUAAAACUGAUAGAGGGGUUGGAGCAGGCGUAGUUUUUACAUCUCCAAAAGGGGACUUUUUACAGUUUUCUUUUCAGUUAGAUGAAAGCAGGAUCUUGACCAACAAUCAAGCUGAGUAUGAAGCUUUGAUUAUCGGUUUGGAGAUUGCAAAAGAAUUGAAUAUCAGGUAUUUAAAUGUUACGGGGGACUCACAGUUGGUGAUUCGACAGAUAACAGGUGAGUAUAAGUGCAAUCAUCCUUUAUUAGAAUUACAACUACAAAAAGUUAAAAUUCUUGUAUCAUAUUUUGAUGAAGUGCAUUUGCAACAUGUCUAUAGACUGGAAAAUAGUGAUGCUAAUCAAAUGGCACAAAUUGCUUCUGGAAUUAGGAUUCCAGAAGGGCAAAAUGAAAAAUUAAUAAAAGUCCAAAAGAGAUUCUUGCCUUUCUCUAUCGAAAGAGAUGGGAAUGAUUUUGAUAUUAUGGAAAUAAGUUUAGUUGAUGAUUGGAGGGUCCCAAUAAAGAAAUUCCUAGAGAACCCAAAGGAGAAAACAGAUAGAAAUAUAAAGCAAAGGGCCAUUAACUAUGUUAUAAUGGGCAAUGAUUUGUUUAGAAAAUCUUCCGAUGAAGUAUUAUUGUUGUGUAUUGCUAAAUCCCAAACAAUGAUAGUUAUGGGAGAAGUUCAUGAAGGAACUUGUGGUUCUCAUCAAUUUGGAGAGAAAAUGAAAUGGUUACUUAAAAGAUAUGGCUAUUAUUGGCCAACAAUAAGGAAAGAUUGCAUCUCUUAUGCUAAGGGAUGUCAAAAAUGUCAGCAAUAUGGACCCAUUCAAAGGGUUCCAGCUUUUCCUUUACAAUCAAUUGUUAAACCAUGGCCUUUUAGGGGGUGGGCAAUUGAUAUGAUUGGAGAAAUAAUUCCUCACUCAUCUCAACAACAUGAGUAUGUAAUGGUAGCUACAGAUUAUUUUACGAAAUGGACAGAAGCUAUCCCAUUGACGAGUGUAGCACAGAAACAGGUAAUUGAUUUCAUCGAAGAGUAUAUUUUCUGUUGA